AUGUCCGACUCAAGCUAUUCCCGCUCCCCUAGCCGCGACUCCAACGACUCCUCCUCCCCUCCUCCUCUCUCCACAAACGCGCAGCUCGAGCUUGCCCUCGCAACCAAGUCCAGCCGCGCAGUCCUCGCGCACUGUCUCGGUCUCUCAAGCCUCGAUGGUGUGCCACCCUCCGCCAAGAACAUGAUCGUUGUCAACUUCGACACCGAGAACUGGGAGUGCAAGCAGAGCGCCCUGACCGAGAUCGGCGCGUCCACGUUUGACUCUCGCGAUAUGCGCGCGCUGGGAGGUCCGGGUAUGCAUGGAGAAGAGCUGCUGAAGCAGGUCUACUUCUAUCAUGCACGCAUUCUUGAGAACGCCCAUCUGUUGAACUUGAAGUGGUGUCCUGGAGAUCCUGAAGCCAACCGCUUCGGCAACACACGUUUCUUGACCAAGUCCGAGGCCAAGGAAAUGCUUACCGCCAUGUUCCAGUGGCCCGUCGACCAUACAGAUGCUUCGAAGGGCUUCUGUCCCGUUGUCGUCAUGGGCCAUGCUCUAUCUGGCGACAUGUCUAUGUUGAACAAUACUUUAGGCUUCAACGCCAUGGCUCUCGGUACGGUAGUCAAGAUCAUCGACACCCAAUAUCUGGCUAAGGAGUGCGGCUACGAUUCAUGGGGCGGCAACAAGCUUGGUCUUAGCACCCUCGUCGGCAUGUGUGGCUUCUCGUAUCGAGAUGCUCACACCGCUGGCAACGACGCGGCUAUGACGCUCAUUGCUGCUGUCCAGAUGGUGCUCCCUACUGACUUCAAGCCCGAGGACGGCCGUACACUGCAGGAGGUUGUUGAUACCAUCGAGUUGCUUAGUCAACAGCAAGAGUGGGGCUGGGGUAGCAACCUCUUUUGUCUUCGCUGCGGCAAAUAUGGUCAUCUCAAGGACAACUACCAAGGCAAGCGCUGCUAUGCCAAAGUCAAGUGCGACCAUUGCGCUUCUUCCCAGUCGGACAAGCGAAAGCAGGCCAAAGGUACUCAUAUGACUGAGCGCUGCAUCUCGUAUGCGAUGAAAGGUCCAGAGGUCGUUCUCUCGAUUGAGAAAGUCGCCAAUUCGGUGGCUGCUCUUGACCUUGCAGAUUUCUAG